AUGGAAGACCCCCCAUUACCGCCCCAUGGUAGACCCCCAUUACCGCCCCAUGGAAGACCCCCCAUUACCGCCCCAUGGAAGACCCCCCCAUUACCGCCCCAUGGAAGACCCCCCCAUUACCGCCCCAUGGAAGACCCCCAUUACCGCCCCAUGGAAGACCCCCCAUUACCGCCCCAUGGUAGACCCCCAUUACCGCCCCAUGGAAGACCCCCCCAUUACCGCCCCAUGGAAGACCCUCCAUUACCGCCCCAUGGAAGACCCCCCAUUACCGCCCCAUGGAAGACCCCCAUUACCGCCCCAUGGAAGACCCCCCAUUACCGCCCCAUGGAAGACCCCCCAUUACCGCCCCAUGGAAGAUCCCCCCAUUACCGCCCCAUGGAAGACCCCCAUUACCGCCCCAUGGAAGACCCCCCCAUGGAAGACCCCCCAUUACCGCCCCAUGGAAGACCCCCCAUUACCGCCCCAUGGAAGACCCCCCAUUACCGCCCCAUGGAAGACACCCCAUUACCGCCCCAUGGAAGACCCCCAUUACCGCCCCAUGGAAGACCCCCCAUUACCGCCCCAUGGAAGACACCCCAUUACCGCGCUAUGGUAGACCCCCAUUACCGCCCCAUGGUAGACCCCCAUUACCGCCCCAUGGUAGACCCCCAUUACCGCCCCAUGGUAGACACCCCAUUACCGCCCCAUGGUAGACCCCCCAUUACCGCCCCAUGGUAG